AUGAUUCUCCUCCUACUAGCAAGCUGCGUUCUCCUCUACACAGCAUGGAGCCUCGUCACGCUCGAGCUCAACUACAGGCGAGCAGCCUCAAUGCGCAUACCGCUUAUCCGCGUACCUGUCGAUCCCCUGAACAUCCCCUGGCAAGUGAUCGAGCCGCAAUUCUGGCGCGUUGUCGAUUUCUUGCACAUCCCGUUGCCAAAGUACAGCGUGCUGCUUCGGCGAGGCUGGCACUUCCGCGUCAAAGCGGAUAUCCAUAAAGAGCUAGGCACUGUCUGGGCGUUUGUCACGCCGCGCGAUAUUCACCUCAAUGUCUGCGAUGCUGAAUCCCUGAGAGAGAUUUUCGCGAGGAGGGGCGACUUUGUCAGGCCGAAGGAGUUUUACCAACUUCUCGCUGCUUUUGGACCGUGCUUGAGUACUGCAGAGCCAGAUGAUUGGGGCCGCCAUAGGAAGAUCCUCGCGGCGCCGUUCCAGAACGAGAGUAUCAUGGGCUAUGUGUGGAAAGAGUCUUUGAGCCAGACGCGGCAGAUGCUCCAUACCUGGGCCCAACCCAACGCCAUCAUCAGAGUGGCAAAGGAUACCCGGACGUUGUCGUUGAAUGUGCUUGCAGCUAUCGGUUUCCGGCGCUCGUUCAAGUUCGAAAGCUCGACCGAGGAAGUUCAGACAGGAGGGGGCUUCUCGUAUAGAGAUGCCCUCCAGCUCGUCCUCGACAACGCCAUCCUGGUCAUGGUGGUUGGCCGCAAACACCUCCUGUAUUCAUGGCUUCCCGCUUGGGUCCAGAGGAUUGGAAAAGCUGCGGAGGAUUUCCAGAAGCAUAUGGAGAGGAUGCUCGAUGAGGAGAUGGCGGUGAUGAAUCGCGGCGACAAGGGAACGGGCACGAUCAUGACGAGCUUUGUCCGCGCGCUGGAUCAGCAUCAGAAGGAUCCAAGCAAGGGCAUGUCGGUGGAGGAGAUCUUUGGGAAUACCUUUAUCAUCAACUUUGCUGGCCAUGAUACAACUGCGAACACAUUGGCGUUUGCGGUGCUUCUCCUGGCGGCAGACCCGGAGAUUCAGGAAUGGGUCGCAGAGGAGGUGCGGGGAGUUACGGUGGGUGUAGCAGGAGAAGACUGGGACUAUGCUACGCUUUACCCGCAGCUUGUUAGAUGUCGGGCGGUGCUGCACGAAACACUCCGCCUCUUCCCGCCCAUUAUGUCGAUCCCCAAGUGGACGAACGACCAGCCGCAAGAGCUUAAAACUUCUAGCCGCACCCUCACGAUCCCACCAAAAACCGGCGUCUUCCUCAGCACUCUUGCAACCCACACCUACCCUGAAUACUGGGCCGAUCCGCUCGCCUGGAAGCCGUCGCGAUGGAUAGCAUCUGACCCCUCAGAACAGGAGACCGUCAUCACCCCGCCACGGAUCACGUACUUCCCCUGGUCAGAUGGGCCGCAAAAUUGUCCGGGCCAGAAGUUCUCACAGGUGGAGUUUGUGGCUGUGUUGGCGAUGCUGUUGAGAGAGCAUCGGAUUCGUCCGGGGAGGAAGGAGGGAGAGAGUGAGGGGGAGAUGCAGAGACGUGUGACGGGGGUGGUUAAUGAUUGCGAUGCGUUGAUGAUUUUGAGGAUGAGGGAUGCGGAUCAGGUGAACGUGAGGUGUGAGAAGGUGCAGGGUGCAUGA